AUGGGGCCCCCGGGCAAUAGGGGAUCAUGGGGCCCCUGUGUCCAUGCCCAAACUCAAAAAAGCCUAUGAAAGAGGUACCAGGGGCAUCUCAUGGGGCCCCCUACUGACCCCGGGCCCUCGGGCAGUGCCCGAGUUUCCAAAUGGUCAGUCCACCUCUGUUUACAGCACCAAAGUCCUGCAUGCACCAAUUUUUGUAAUGCACUGCAACCAAAUUGCAGGGUCAUUUUGUACCAUGUGAUCUGGUGCAGACAAAUGCACUGCAUUUGUACCCUGCAUUUGGGGUGCCAUUGACACUGCACUGACACCCAAGGUUGGGACAAGGGCGGCAGAAGGGACAGAGGCCCUGGGCGAAACAACUUUCUUAUGGGGGUGGGGGCAUGCUGACUCACAGUACUG